CAUUGUCAUACGUGGGGAGCAAUAGUUUCUACGUAUACUAUUUAAAACUCAUUCCUUUUAUGUUCUCAUACUAGGAGCUUCCAUAUGUUUCGUGGAAUGCAUCCAAGUUAAUUGUCAUCUUCAAGCACUUGCAUGCAGACGCUUUUCCUCCAACCAAAAAGUGGAGCUUUGAUUUCUUUGUUGAUCAAUGGCACUCUGCGUCUCAUACUAGCUAGAAGGAGUGAGUUGUCUAGUUGAAGAAAAAUGAUGUAUGAUACUUUACUUUCCAGAAGCUUUAGCAAGCAUGAGAAAAAGAAAUUGAGAUAUUGGGGACUCAUCACUUGCUUGGUUAUUGCAUUGAGCUUCUGCACUGUCUUUAAGCCUUAUUUGGGUCCCCUACCAGUUUUAAAUUUGCGGCUGUCCAUUGGAGCUGGCCAGAAAUUGCAAGUUGUGAAUGAUACAAGCAGCUCUCUUCAGCUAAUAUCUGAGGGUAAUGAUGAAAUAUUUUUAGCCAAGAAUAAUACAUUAAUGCCUAAUGAUACAAGCAGCUCUCAGCAAGUUGUUAAGGCAGAAUUUACAAGAAAGAAUGAUGAACAAAUAAAUGACAGAAGCAGCUCUCGGGGAAUAAUCAGAGAAAUAAUUAUGAACAAUACGGUAAAGCUCAACAACACAAACAUCACCCAGAAAAUAGCAGGAGAAAUUAUAGCUAAGAACAAAACUGAGCCUGUAACUGUAUGCAAAAUGCUGGAACGAUCAGACUUCUGUGAGAUUAAAGGGGACAUUAGGAUUGAUGUAAACUCUUCAACUGUUUUUAUAGUCCCAUCUGAAAGUUAUAUCUUGGAAGCUUCAGCAAACACCUCAUGGAGUGUCAAGCCUUAUGCGAGAAAAGGUGACAGAUCAGCAAUGAGUAUGGUCAGGGAAUGGAAAGUGAAAAUUGUGAAGAAUCACCAGAAUACCCUUAAAUGCACUCAAGUUCACAAUGUUCCUGGAGUCCUUUUCUCUCUUGGAGGGUAUUCAGGGAACCAUUUCCACUCCUUUACCGACAUUAUUCUUCCUCUGUACUCGACAGCUCGACCCUUUAAUGGAGAUGUACAACUUCUUGUUACUGAUAGACAACCUCGGUGGGUUUCCAAGUUCAAGACGUUGUUAAACGCAUUGUCUAGAUAUGAAGUUAUUGACAUAGAUAACAGAGGAGAAACUACUCAUUGCUUCUCAAGCAUAACUGUCGGUGUCAAACGACAAUCCAGAAAAGAGCUCAAUCUUGAUUCUAUGGAAGACUUCAGGCAGUUCUUAAGAAGUUCAUAUUCGUUAAAGAAGAAGACAGCAAUCAAAAUCAACAGUGGUGGUGAAAAGAAAAGGCCUCGGCUUGUGAUCAUUUCAAGAAAGAGAUCAAGAGCAUUUAGCAAUAUAGGCGAUAUUGCUCAGUUAGCAAAAAGCUUGGGUUACAGAGUAGUCGUGUUUGAACCUGAUGCAAAUGUAUCAAGAUCUGCACAAGUAAUGAAUUCUUGUGAUGUGUUGAUGGGAGUUCAUGGAGCUGGUUUAACAAACAUGGUAUUUCUUCCUGUAAAUGCAGUCCUGAUCCAAGUAGUACCCUUCGGAGGGGCAGAAUGGGUAUCAAAAAAUUACUUUCAAGAGCCUGCAAAGGAUAUGAAAAUAAGGUACUUGGAGUAUAAGAUUAAUUUAGAAGAAAGCUCUUUGAUAGAGCAAUAUCCAGCUGACCACGUGGUUUUAAGAAACCCCUUAGCUAUUCAAAAACAGGGUUGGGAAGCAUUUAAGUCGGUUUACUUUGAUAAGCAAAAUGUAAAGCUGGAUUUGGAUAGAUUUAAACCAAUUUUGUUAAGAGCUCUGGAGAUUCUACAUCAGUGAAUUUUAUUUUCUCUGCAACUCCGUUGAUCAGUUGAGUCAGAGCCAUUAUGUAUAAAAUUAAUUUUAAAAAUAAUUAAUUACACUUGUUAUUUUUAUA